AUGGUUUCGCGCAUAGUCCGUCCUCCACCUCUAGGUCGGUUACGUUUGGCCCGCGUGGAUGAUGCGCCUAUUAUUAUGGAGCUGGUCAACCAAUCGAUGGCAGAAAACUUCCGUAUUCACGAUACUUCGAACAUUGUCGAUCUGAUUGAGAAUUGUGUUCUAUCCAUCUGCCAACUGGAUAUCAAUGAGGCGAUAGUUGCAUUUCUAGCCGCUAAGGAUUAUCCAUUGAUACCUGCAGUUCACCCUAAAGAUUGGGAAAAUUACAUCUGGACAAAGUAUAAAUCAAUAGAGUUGAACGCAAGAAACACCUUGUUCCUACAUCUUCUGUGCUGGGAUCCAAUAUACAACCGUGAUGUGGUCGAUAAUUUGCUCAAGUCUAUUUUCAUGCAUGACCCAUACGUUCACCACAUCGGGAUGGUCAAGUGUAUUUUAAAUAAUUUAUUACUAGUACCGGGACAAUCUCGGUCAGAAGCGUCGUUUCGUCGCGUGCAAGUAAUAGAGCGGGGCGUGCCGGGUGACCAGCUAUCUAUACUUUUUAUUGCUGACAGACAAGAGGUCAGUCCUCGGCUACGCAUAAGAAGAGCUGUAGAAGAAGAUAAUGAUGAUAUAGUACCUAUCAUCGAGAGGCAUUCAGAGCGUUUACGACAGACUUACGGGGAGUUCUACGUCAGCGAGUUGAUAGCACGACAUCCCGAGUCUGAUAGGGUUUUACUUGUUUGUGAGGAUAAAGAACUAGCCGUUGGUGUGAUGUGUUUGAACACUCAGAUCAACUAUGAGGCACUAGAGGAGAGCUUUGAACUUUCGCCUUUUGCUGGCUUGAGGCAUGUAAACGAUCCUUAUCACAAACGUAAUAGGAAAGCGGAUAUCUCAACUGUCAGUUUUACAACCACUACAGUUUACAAUGUGGCGGAUUCAAUGCCGGGCUCUAAUGAUACCAACACCCGAAGUAGGAAUACCACGGCGACGACUGGUGUGACAUUGGUUUUUGAUGAGGUAGAAUCUAACCAGAUUUAUAUUGAAUACGUACCUGAAUCUACUAACAAGGAUGCUACUUCCCCUGCAUUCAAUGGUCACAUCGAUAUAUUAAAUCUUUUGGAGGACGAGGAUGAAGAAUUGGAAUUUGAUAUUGUUAACAUUGAUACCGAUUUACUACGCGUACCUCAAAUACUUACGUAUGACAAUACAGACGGAGGACUGGCUGAUAGUAUCAUGAAUAAAUUAGAUGACACCGUAAAACACAAUAAGGAGUUAACACUGGUCGAAGACAAAAGUAGCAAGAAAGAAAAAUCCAAGAAGCAAAUUGCUUCAGUAAGUACGUAUGCUCCGGACCCUGUACGUUAUUUGGGAACGUCUAAUGCAUUUCUCUUGGAACUGUUUGCUAUGCAUGUCGAUUAUGAUGAAAGGUAUGGUUUUGACAUGUUAGAAGUCGCAUUCGAGCUGUUCCCAAAAUGCGACUACUGUAUCAUGUGUUUACCUUCCAGUCAUCCGCCAUUUCCUCUACUCGAACACUUUACGUUGGUAACACCUCAUAGCACCCGUAUGAGGUUUAUAAACGAGACUCUGUAUGUGGCCCACGUUAACUCUGUAAGAGGGAAUGUCCGCUUACGACCCGGUGAAGCAAGUGACAUGCAAUACAUUGGUGAUAUCUUAGAGCACACACCGCGAGCUCAAACUCUGCUCGAACUCUUCGAAAGCACCUUCUCUUCUAGUACCCUUAGCUCCUACGUGCUUUUAAGUCAGAAUCAGCCGAUUGGGAUGGUUAUACUAGGGCCACUGGAGGAUGGAACGGCGGUUCGUACGCAAUAUGACUUGGAGGCAGAGCCGCGUCGACCUGGGACGGAUGCGACUGUGUUAGCUGGUGUGAUGUCACCUACUCUAGAGCCACACGGCCGCUGGUACAUGCGCGACCUGCUCCGACAGUCACAAUACUCCUCUCUCUUCUGGAUCUGCCGACUAUUUGGAAGAGGAGACAUGUGUCCAAGUCGAAACCUAAUGUCACUAACUGGCCAUAUGGUGCCGGUACACCCUCGCCGCUCUGUGCCGAACAUCAGUGGGAAUAAGGACUUGGAUAAAAUUUUCCAGGAUGUGUCAAUACCGUUCGCGUUAUGGGUAAUUGAGCGGCCGUUGACCAGUUUGCCUAAAGUAUACGUGAACACCAGUAUCGUAGUCGUAGGUGCCAGCCGAACCGGGCUCGCCUUUCUAGAGACACUUAUUACGGGGCCCACAGCGCAGUACCUUACAUUCAGCAACAUCACUCUAGUAUCAGAGCAUGGUCUCCCAACAGUGGUGGAGUGUCUGAAGGCGGCCGACAUCUGUGUGCCACAGGAAGGACGCUAUUCAGACCGAUAUCUGAAGAGCAUACCGUUUUAUUUCUAUGUAGACGUUAUAUCUGCCGUUAUGGUCCAGAUAGAUAGACAGAAGAAGUGUAUCCACUUGAAAGGUGGUGGCGUCAAAUAUUAUGAUGAACUCGUGCUGACCUGCGGACAACAGUUCCAGCAUCCUGAUUAUUUGAAGGAAUCUUUAGAACUUGUUCAAGAAGUCGAGGAAGGCAAGCCCUGUGAUCGAAUUCUAAUGGACGACCCGAAAUACCAUCCCGACAGAGUGCCCCCACCACCUGACAUGCUAGAAAACUUGAUGCUUAUCAAUUCCCUGUUCGAAGCCAAUAUGUCAAUGCGAAAGUUAAUGCGUUUGAUCUCCGAAUCUAAGGACACAGAUCUGUGUCUAAGCGAAAAUAACCAAGUGGUAGUGUACGGAGAGUGUUUAGAAGUGUACAGUUGUAUAGCGGCUUUACUAGAGUUGGGCUUAGCGGCCAGCAUGAUAGCUUUUGUGGAACCCUUCCCUUCCGAAGACAACAGCGUGAUGCGAGUCAACUGUUUCAACAAUGAAACUGUAGAUCAGAGAGUACAAGCUAACUUGGACCAACUUGGUGUCCGAGUGUUCCGCCGGUGCACGCUAUCCAGUUGGCGGCAGCGUGACUCACGGGUAGUGAGUUUGAAUCUCAUGUCCCCACUUCACGCUAUAAAGCUGCCUUGUUUCGCUCUAUUCUACUACGGUAUCAAGGCUAUUGAUGUGAAUGCAUUUAAAGCAAUCAACGCGUGCGGGCUGGUGUACGAGGGCGGGGUGGUGGUGGGCGCGGCGAUGGACACUAUCGACGCGCACGUGCGCGCCGCCGGCCCCGCCACGUGCUACUCGCGCCGCCUGCACGCCGCGGGUCUCAAUCACGUGCACUACUGCUCGGAAGAUGUCGGGGAGGCCCUGGCAAUGUUCUUCCUGCGGAAGUUAGACCCAUUUGUAAUCGGCAAUCCGCAAGUGGACCGGACUGCCUCAGAAUUAUUACCCAGAUACAGUUCAAGUUUACUUGCGUAUAAAGGAUCACAUGCAAGCAUUGAUAAAUCGAGCAUAACGCGAAUAUCAUUGGGAUCACAAAGAAGAUGGCAACCAGUAAUGAAAUUCGAGUCACCCAUAGUGCAGUGUGCCACGGUGCUUGGACAGUUGUAUUAUUUGAAGAUCAGGAAACCGGGACCUGAAUUACCCAUGGAAGUGCAAUUAUCCCUGUCACGCCAGGGCCACACUCUUAUCACUGACGUGGAAGGGAAUUACUUUCGCCUGCAGCUCAAUGCUUUACAUCGCGUGGAAGCUAUAACGUGUCUCUCUAAAAAGAGCUUCUCGAGCGAAAUACUCUCGCAAUUGUAUGGGAAGCACGAGUCUUUCUUCAACAAAUUGCUCGCCAGGUUUGAGCUCGGCGAAAUCGUCGAUUUGUACAGUUUUUUCACACAACCAUGGAUGGGAGCUCUCUACCAGGAGACGUUUGAUGAACUAUUGAGAGAUAUUAAUGAACAAGAUGUGGGUACGGUGUAUGAUUUAGUAAAAUCGAGAUUCACUUUCGAAGAUGAAAAACCAAAAUCGGCCGUAACGUCUGGACAUUCAUCUGUUUGUUCCAAAGUUCCCAGCUGUGGGUUUGGACCUAAGGAGGCGCGAAAUCUCGGUACAUUCCGGUCAAUUAUUGACAGAUUUCUUGCAAGAACAUCCAGUGCUCAAAGAGAGUGUGGCCAAGGAGAGGCCACGCGUGGUGAGGCGCGUGCCUUCUGGAAUGCUGUCGGCGGUGACAGCAUCGUGGUCUCCCAUCUCACACGCUACCUAGGGAGCAAUACUGUCACCAACCCACACUACGCCAAACCUAGCCCUGAGUUUAUUUAA